AAUACCUAUAUGUAGGUAUUACUGUUAAUAUACAUAUUUACCUAUACUUGGCCUAGAGAAUGAACUUCAACACUCACAUACAACACAUAGCCAGAGUCGGGAAAAACGGCCGGUAUGAUUUCUAAAAUCAGGUAUUAUGUUCCCCAGCGAGCAGCCGCGUCAAACAGCCUGGUUGAUCAGUCCAGCAACCAGGAGGCCUGGUCGACGACCGGGCCGCGGGGACACUAAGCCCCGGAAGCACCUCAAGGUUGGUGGUGUAGGAGCGUGGCGUGCAGCCUCGUCCUCAUCUCGUACGUAGCCGCCUCGUAUAUAUCAGACGGCAUCUCUCCCACCAACCUCCCUCACCAUGUACCUCCCCGACCAAAUGGGGGUGAUGAUGUGAAGUCACUUCACCUGGGAUUGAAGUGGCACAGGUUGUGACUGAAUGUUAUUUUGACCAGAGGAGUGCAUUGUGAAGGGCUUGAACGUGACGGUGGACGAGGCGAAGUCAGUAGUGAACUACACUUCUAUCCUGGCCAACUCCAGCAGCUGUUCUUCUAAACUAUGGUGCGACUCAAGAAGAAUUCAAGAUGGCCUGCUGAGAAAGACGUUCUUUUGGAGGACAGGAAGCCUGCUGAGUAUGAAACAGCUGGUUCUUGAGGAUCGUCACUUGGUCUCUACACUCUAUCCCAGCACCCCUUAGGGACGCCUGGGGACAGAUCAUCCGGGAAGCUGCUGGGAUCCCUGUUGCUCAGGUGCGGUAAUCAGAGGGAACGUGCAACACUUACGACAGCAGACUCUUGGCUAGCUGUGUUAGGCAGCCUUAUUAUAACCAGGGUUUUUGAGGGAGAGGGAGAUAAGCAAGAUCCAAACACAUACGCGAUGGAAGGCAGCAAGAUCCAAUCACAGUGAUGGAAGGCAGCAAGAUCCAGGAAUAUGUCACAGAAUCCAGUCAACUUGUAAUCAACACGAGAAAGAGGCCUUUUUGGACGACCGUUAAGCUUAGUGAUAGCCUAUGUCUGCAAGCCGGAGGUUCAGUUUACCUGAAGUGUGGUCCAGUGAGGUCCCAGGAGGUGAAGCUGCCGCUCUACCCGUUCAUCCCCAGUGUCAGAUUUAUAAACAACAGCAGCCUGAAUGUGAUGAUACCAAGGAAGGAGGGGGGACAGUGGAGGGUGACUGUGACUGCUGCCGGGGUGGUCGAAGAGGUUGUAGCGGGCGCCAACUUCUCGCUCAACAACUUCUCGCUCAACAACAUACUGGUAGUCAGUGGCAAUCUGACCUGGCUCAAAUGUUAUGACAUAUAUGUGAAGCGAUGUCUGAGAAUUGGCGGGAAGUCAUGUUGCAGAGAGGUUGUGGUGAGGGAACGGUGCAACAAUGAUACUAUUGGUGUACCUCACAGCCUCAUGCCUCAUACCAGGACCUCGGUUAUCGCGGGCGUAUGUGUUGGAGUGUAUGUUGUGGUGGUGGUGAUGGUACUGGCGGUACUCAGCUUCCAUCACCGGGUCACCAAGCAGCCCUCCUUAACCUUGCCCGCCCUCUGGGAACAUGAAGAAGUGCUGCUGGUCCACACGAAGGAGUCUGACGAGCUCACGCACCUGGUCAACGAUCUAGCUGGAGACAUCCUCACUCACACAAAUAUUAAGGCGGUACAUGACAUCUUCAGUACGAGCGAGCCGGAGGUAUUGGCGAGCCCCCAGUCCUGGGUCCUUGGGAAGCUGUGUAGCCAACACUCUACCACUGUGGUCCUCGUCUCCUCGCCUGGCCUCUCUAAUGUGAUGUACCUCAAGAUGAAAGGUGUCACAGAUUAUGGGAUGAAGAGCGUAUUGGGCCGGGACCAUCACCCCUGCGACUCUCUCCUCAACACCUGCCUCGACUACAUGCUCCACACUCACACUCUACAGGACCCCAGGCGUGUCCUUGUCGUCAGGUUGAGGGGCGUGGAGACUGCCGAGGCCUGGGAGCGACCAGCCUGGGCGACAGGUCACCUGGGGCCCAGCGUCGUCUACACCCUCCCUGACGACCACACUCAACUCUGGACAGCCCUCAACACCCCUGUAGCACGCGGUCAUCGAUGAAGUCGUCUACAUCCUCGCUGACCACCACAUCCAGUACCAAAUGAACCAGACAUUAGACUGAAUUUUUUCAGUGUCAGAGUAGUUAAGAAAUGGAAUGCAUUAGGAAGUGAUGUGGUGGAGUCUGACUCCAUACACAGUUUUAGAUGUAGAUAUGAUAGAGCCAAUAGACUCAGGAAUUUGUACACCAGUUGAUUGAUGAUUGAGAGACGGGACCAAAGAGCUGAGGCUCAACUCCCGCAAGCACAAGUAGGUGAGCACGCUUGCCUGUGUGUACCGACUUAGCUGUACGCUCAUAUAAACCAAUAAAAAAAAUAUAUAUAA